AUGUGGCGUUGCUCGUCACAAUUACAUACUAUUUUUAUCUUAAAUUUAGAUAAAACUAUUCUUGUGAAUGGUUUGUUUGAUAUUUGUAUUCCAAUAUUUAGUCAGUCACUUGCUUUCAAAGAGACCGUGUCACACACACAACGUAUUUGUAAUUGUUGUAUCCAUCGGCAAGCUCUUGCAUCGAAACCUCUUCCUGCAGAUUUGAAGGACGUUCUGGACGAUUCUUGUAAAGUGGUCAAUUUCAUCAAGUCUCGCCACACGAACUCCAGAAUAUUUUCAUUAUUGUGUGAAGACAUGGGAAGUCUUCACAAAACCCUCCUUCUUCAUACUGAGGUUCGAUGGUUAUCACGAGGUAAAGUCCUUACUCGUUUGUUUGAACUUAGGCAUGAAGUUCAAAUGUUUUUUGAAGACCACCCUUUUCGACUGUCAUCAAAAUUUAACGACCAUGAAUGGCUUCAAAAACUAGCAUACUUAUCCGAUGUUUUUUUGAAAUUAAACAAUCUAAAUUUGACUCUUCAAAACAGUGCAGUGACAAUAUUCCAAGUUAAUGACAAAAUAGAAUCUUUUGUUAAAAAGUUAGAGUUUUGGAAAACGUGUAUUGAGAAUAACCAACCAGAAAUUUUUGAAGCACUGCAUGAUUUUCUCAGUGAAACUGAUAUGAACUUAUCACAAGGCAUCAAACACCAAAUUGUUCAACAUUUGAAUGAGCUUAAAACAGCUUUUGCAAAAUACUUCCCUAAAUGUGGAAAAGAAGACCACUGGAUUAUGUUCCCUUUCAGUGAAAUUUAUUUCAAAUCUGCAGUUUUAUCAGCCCGUGAAAAAGAAAAAUUGAUUGAACUGAAAACGGACUCUUCACUCCAAGCAGCAUUUCUUGAAAAAAAAUCACUGAUCACCUUUUGGGCUAAUGUGAAAGACGAAUAUCCUGAGCUUUCUUACAAAGCAUUCAAUGUUUUGCUACCGUUUACGAGCUCUGUAUUAGUGGAAAGAGCCUUUUCGUCAUACACAUUUAUUAAAAAUAAGUACCGCAAUAGACUCUCGGUGAGUUCAGACUUAUGA